AUGAACAAUACAGACAAUACAGUGAUUCAGUUGCUUCAAGGAAUACAAGCUGCACUUAUUUCCCUAAAGAGUGGUCAAGAAGCAUUGCUAGGCCAUCAAGAAGCAUUAGAAAAAAAACAAGAUGCAAUGCAACUUCAAAUGACAAGUUUUUAUAAUGAAUUUAAAGAUUGGGAAUUUCCAGAUAGAACUAUUGUAACCUCUACCAGUACUCUUACUGGCAUCAUUCCAAGAUCCGUAUCAAAAAUCAACGAUAUAACUUUAAAGCAUAUAUACAAGAUGAUAACAGACGAUCUUAGAAUAGAAUUGACUGAGGAAACCAAGAGAAUUGUUAACACAUGUCACUGCAAAAGACAACCGAUUUAA